CUGAAAGAUCCGCGAAUCAACCGCCCAUUAGCGGUCACAGUCACGGUCACACAACUUCCCAAUUACAGCCACAGAUCAGUCGAAACAACCGCAAUACACACUCUUCCCACCGUAACCACGACCGAGAGCUCCCCAUGGAUGAUGGAAGUCACCAAAAGUACGGGAAAUACGAUUUAUUUGCUUCCCCAGCCUACAAGCGCAUUAAUGUGGACUGUGUCGACAACUAUGAAGAGAUCGACAGUGACAUUUUCAAGCCUGUGCCAAAGAUAUCGGACGAAGCGCCCAAGUUGCCUGACCCAUUCUCCCUUGGUUUGGGUCUGAACGAGGAAGGUCCAGAGUCAUUGACUGACUCCAUCAAUGCUGUCUUCCUCUCAAAUGAAGGAGCAGGGGCGUCAUCACGCACUGCUAAGCGCGCAAGCAAUUUCCUUCAGCUUGCCGCCGAGCACGACAAGUUAAAGCAGCAACUUCGCGAGCUCACGGAACGUUUGGAGAGAGCUGAAAAGCGGACCAACGCUCUAGACUGCCAACACUCACGAGCAACCGCGACGUCCUUGGCCCCGGAACUUCCCAGGGAUCACUUACCGACAACAUCCACUUCGCGACCAUCAGUGGAAUCAACACGUUCGACAUCAUCUGGCUCCCGAGGGAUUCAGCCGACUUCAAGGGUCUCGAAUGAGUACUUGUCCGGAUGUUGUGGCUUGCAUGAACGUCAGGGCAGUCAGGCAGGGGCUCCUCGCCAAUAUCAAGCGAACAAGAUUUGA